UCCCUUGUCAUGAUUUUGUAAAUUAAGGAGUUUGAUAGUAAUUAUUUAGAUAAAUUAGAGAAUAAAGUCUGUUCCUUUUCCGUUUUGGAAAAUGUUUUAAUAGAGUUAUUUAUGUAUCUAAAACAGCUCCAAUUGCUCUCGGUCAUUAUAUCCUGUAAUUUUUGUUAUCUUUCUAUUUGAUUUUCUUGAGUAAAAAAUAAUGGGUGAUACAUUAACUGAGGAUUUAGUAGUUGAAAUUCUAUGUAGAGUUCCAGUGAAGAGUCUGAUGCAAUUUAAGAGGGUUUCUAAAGGGUGGUACAACCUCAUUUCUAAUGUUUGUGCCCCCAAAAUUUCUUGCAUUGCAUCCAGUGCCCCUUUAGGUUUUUUGUUCAGUAUUUUACGGAAAACGUCCGUUUUUGAUACAGCCUAUUUUUCUUAUCCAGAAGGUCAUUAUUGUGAUGAUGAUAGUCCAGGUUUUGUGAAAUCUUGUUUAGACCUUAUACCUAGCAAACGUUAUAAACGGCUGGAUUUAUGCAACGGCUUGCUUUUAUAUUUUUCAGAAGAUGGUCGCUAUUACGUCUGCAACCCAACUACCAAGCAGCGCAUUGCUGUUCCUUAUGUCCACUGGAAAGACAAUUAUGAUUAUGCUUCACUUGUUUUUGAAAAUUUCAUGUCGCCACACUACAAAAUUAUCCGGUUUCUUGAUAUGAAGGUCAGUUGUAGUGCUUCCAGCUUUAUAAAGCUAGAUGUAUUCUCUUCAGCUACUGGAAACUGGAUGAAGCAAAAGUUUCGCAUUGAACAAUCGAUUUCUAGUUCUGUUGAUUUUGUUGAGCGCACUGUUUAGUUGAAUGGAAAGUUAUAUAGGCAAUCUAAUUCAGAGUAUCUCCUCUGUUUUGACUUGGGCAAUCUUAUUGCGAAGGCCAUUCAGCUGCCUGUUCCUAAUUCUGUAUAUAAGUCUGGCUUUAUUGGCGUUUCCAAAGGGUGGCUAUAUUAUGCCAAUCAUGAUUCUUCCAAAUCUAACUUUUGUUUUUGGAUUCUUGAGGGCUGUUUUUGGAGAUUGAAGCAUUGCAUUUCAAUUAGUCAUUUGAUGUCUUUAAGUCCCGAAGUUAGAAAACUGUGCAAGGAUGGCAUCUCUAAGGAUUUUAUGGCCUAUGCUAUUCAUCCAAGUGCUGACAUUGUUUUUCUUGGAUUCCCUACUAUGCUCCUCAGUUAUAAUCUUCAAGAUGGAAAACUGGAAGUGAUGUUUAAAAUGUCCGGAGGCAAAAAAAUAAAUGGAGGCAAAUAUUGGGUAUUCCCUUACUCUCCCUGCUUUAUUGUUCUCAAUGACUUCACCAAGGGAUCUUCAUAGAUUUAGGUCGGUCACUUGUGAUUGCAGGUUUUAUCACUUGCUAUGAAGCUGAAGACGCACUGUCUAGAAGAGCUUGAGAUGAAAUCGAGUAUUUUUUCUAGUUUAGAUGCUUGCAGAUUUAUGACACGGGUGGAUCGACGGACAUGCAAGGUGAUAACUGCAGCAGUGAGAGCUAUGAUAUUCAUACUUGUAUUACAAGGCAUCUAUCUAUUUCAAAAUCUAUGAAGUCAAAUACUCUAUUCAGUUUAGAGGUUUCUGGUUGAGAUUUACUAAUACAAUGGUAUGUGGGACUUUGUCUCUAUUAUUUGUCUAGUUCGAAUGCUGACCUGGUUUUUGUGUGAAAUAUUUAACUGUUACAUUUAAUCAUUUUGAAUGAUGAAGUUGUUCUGUGUCGAGCUCUGCAAA